GGCGGCAAGGCCAAUUGACAGGACGACCUUGUGCUUUGCUCGAUAGGAGUAUCGCGUUCAGACGCAGAUCAGUCAGUCGCCCUCCGUCGCCUCGCUCUUCAAACAAUCCACAAGAAUGGGCGGUGCAAAACGGGUGUGCAUCGUUGGGGCUGGUUCCAGUGGCCUCACAUCGGCACGUCAGAUGCUGGACGAAGGCUUGGACGUCGUCAUCUACGAGAAAUCAGCCGUCCUGGGGGGUCUCUGGGCAUACCACGAACAGGACAUCUUUGGACAGCCGUCAGUCAUGAGAUCCACCAUCAUCAACACCAGCAAAGAAAUGAGCGCCUUCAGUGACUUCCCACCCCCCAAGGAGUUCCCGAACUACAUGCACAACACCUACAUGCACCGCUACUUUGAAUCGUACGCGGACAACUUCAACCUCAGGUCCCGCGUCCGCUUCAACCACGAACUCGUGGAAGCCGCCCAGGCCGAAGACUACGAAGAGAGCGGCCGUUGGAACGUCCUCGUCCGGGACACCCAGGGGGGCGUCGAGAGACGAGAAACCUUCGAUGCCAUCAUGGUGUGCGUCGGACACCACGUCUACCCACACGUCCCAACCUUCCCGGGCCAAGAAAAGUUCCGAGGUAAAAUCGUCCACACGCACAGCCUCAAAGUCCCGGACGAGUUCAAAGGGAAGCGGGUCGCGGUCGUCGGCAUUGGGAACUCGGGCGUGGACGCCGCUGUGGAGGCGAGCACAGUCACAUCGACGGUGUACCUGUCCACGAGACGAGGUGCCUGGAUCAUACGACGCGUCGGCCCCAACGGUAUACCGAUGGACGUCUUCCUCUCGACUCGCCUGAACAACUACAUCAAGAACAUAAUACCGGAGUCGGCCGCUAACGGCUACGUAGAAGACCUGCUCAACUCUACCUUCAACCACAAGGCGUACGGUCUGCAGCCCAAGCAUCGUUUCGGGAGUCAGCACCCUACCAUCAACGACGCCUUGCCUAAUAAGAUCCUCAGCGGCGUCAUCCAGGUGAAGAAGGACAUCAAGGAGUUCACUGCAGAUGGCGUCCUAUUCGAUGGUGAUACAGAGGUAACCGAGCUGGACGUGGUGAUACUAGCCACUGGCUACCAGAUCAAGUUCCCGUUCCUUCCUAAAGACGUGAUCUCGGUGCAAAACAAUCAGGUUCAACUCUACAAGAACAUGUUCCCACCGAACCUCCGACAUCCGACGCUGUCCAUCAUUGGACUCAUCCAACCCAUAGGAGCCAUCUUUCCCAUCGCUGAGAUGCAGGCUCGUUGGCAGGCUCAGCUUCUCAGUGGGAAGAAGCAUCUUCCUCCGGUAGACGAGAUCUUCCGAGAGAUCGACGCCAAACAGGAGGUCCUGAAAAAACGAUACGUUCUCUCGCCAAGACACACCAUACAGGUCGAUUUCAUCGAUUACAUGGACGAGAUUGCGGACCAGAUAGGGGCGAAGCCAACACUGAUGAAAUAUUUCUUCAGCGAUCCACAACUCUUCUGGCAGCUUCUUCGUGGCCCCUGUCUUCCGUACCAGUACCGGCUGGAAGGACCUCACCUGUGGAAGGGAGCCAGGGAUGCCAUCAUCAAAGCUCCCAGUCGCAUCAUGUCACCGCUCAACAAAUCCACACAUUGGUUCACGAAAGGCAGCAAUCUCGCCAUUCUUUAUUUUUUUAUAGUACUCCUGAUUCUCGCGUACGUUGCCUUUUGAAGAGCGCUCUCACCUAUAUUCACCCACGUUAAAUGCUGCUAGUCAUGCA